AUGUCUUCCUCUGACGAAGAGACUCUCAGCGAGAGAUCCUACCGGAGUGAGCGGUCCUGCAAGAGUGAACGGUCGUACCGCAGUGAGCGGUCUGGCAGUCUCUCUCCUUGCCCGCCAGGGGAUACUUUGCCCUGGAACUUACCUCUUCACGAGCAGAAGAAGCGGAAGAGUCAGGACUCCAUUCUGGAUCCAGCAGAGAGAGCUGUUGUCAGAGUAGCUGAUGAACGGGACCGGGUCCAGAAAAAGACCUUCACAAAAUGGGUGAAUAAGCACCUCAUGAAGGUGCGCAAGCAUGUCAAUGACCUUUACGAGGAUCUGCGAGAUGGUCACAACCUCAUCUCCCUGCUGGAGGUCCUUUCGGGCGUCAAACUGCCUCGAGAGAAGGGCAGGAUGCGCUUCCAUCGCCUGCAGAACGUGCAGAUUGCGCUCGACUUCCUCAAACAGCGACAGGUGAAACUGGUGAACAUUCGUAACGAUGACAUCACCGAUGGGAACCCGAAACUCACCCUGGGUCUGAUCUGGACGAUUAUCCUUCAUUUCCAGAUCUCUGACAUCUACAUCAGCGGAGAGUCAGGGGACAUGUCCGCUAAAGAAAAGCUCCUUUUGUGGUCACAGAAAGUAACGGCUGGUUACGUGGGAAUCAAGUGCACCAACUUCUCUUCCUGUUGGAGCGACGGGAAGAUGUUCAACGCUGUCAUCCAUAGAUAUCGACCAGAUCUUGUGGACAUGGAGAGAGUGUACAUUCAAGGCAACCGAGAGAAUCUGGAGCAGGCCUUUGAGAUUGCUGAACGGCUGGGGGUCACCAGGUUGCUGGAUGCAGAAGAUGUUGAUGUCCCUUCACCAGAUGAAAAAUCCGUUAUCACUUAUGUGUCUUCAAUUUAUGAUGCCUUCCCCAAAGUCCCGGAGGGAGGAGAAGGAAUUAGUGCCACUGAAGUGGACACAAAGUGGUUAGAAUAUCAAACCUGUGUGGACACACUCAUCAGCUGGACCAAGCAGCAUACGAUACAGAUGUCUGACAAAUCUUUCCCCCAAAACCCUGUAAAGCUCAAGGCACUUUAUAAUCAAUAUAUCCACUUUAAAGAAACAGAAAUCCCAGCAAAACAGUUAGAAAAAAGAAGCAUUGAAGAGUUAUACAAAUUGCUGGAGGCCUGGAUUGAAUUUGGCCGUCUGAAGCUGCCGCAGGGCUACCACCCCAACGACGUGGAGGAAGAGUGGGGAAAGCUGAUCAUAGAGAUGCUGGAGCGCGAGAAGCUGCUGCGACCGGCUGUGGAAAGACUGGAGCUGCUGCUGCAGAGAGCAAACAAGAUUCAGAAUGGGACCCUCAGCUGCGAGGAAAAACUCACCUUGGCCCGGAACACGCUGCAGGCCGAUGAAACACACUUGGAGUCGGGCCAGCCGGUGCAGUAUGAAUCCGACGUCAUCAUGUACCUCCAAGAGUGUGAAGGACUCCUCCGACUGCUACAGACGGAUGUUCAGAUACUCCGGGAUGAGAACUAUUACCAGUUGGAGGAGCUGGUCUUCAAGAUUGUGCGGCUUCAAGAUGAAUUGGUAACUUUGAGGCUGGAAUGUACCAAUCUUUACCGGAAAGGUCACUUCUCCUCCCCCUCCUCCUUGGACUUGGCACAGCCUUCCUCCUUGAGCACUAGACACUUGAAGGCGGAACCUUUGCUAAAAGGAACGAUUGUCACUCCUGCCUCUACCUCCUGGAUUCGGAAGCCAAUGACUCGUGUGGAGUUGGUGGCCAUUUCAUCCUCUGAAGAUGAGGGCAACCUCCGUUUUGUGUAUGAGCUGCUCUCUUGGGUAGAAGAAAUACAGAUGAAGCUGGAACGAUCUGAAUGGGGGAAUGACUUGCCCAGCGUGGAAGCCCAGCUGGAGGUUCAGUGCCAGGUUCACAGUAGUGUGGAAGGCAUGGGCUCCAGCGUGAAGGAGGCCAGGAUGUACGAGGGUAAAAUGUCUCCAAAUUUCCGAGCCAGCUACACUGAGACCCUGGGGAAACUGGAGAUGCAGUACUGCAAACUGAUGGAGACAUCCAGUUUCCGACUACGGCACCUCCAAAGUUUGUAUGAGUUUGUAUCACAAGCGACAACUGAGUUAAUUUGGCUAAAUGAAAAGGAGGAGGAAGAGCUCGCCUAUGACUGGAGUGACAACAACCCUAACCUGACAACAAAGAAGAAUUACUUCUCAGAGCUGACAGCGGAACUGGAGGAGAAGCAGGAGGUCUUCCAUGCUCUGCAAGAUUCUGCUGAGCUGCUCUCGUUGGAGAAUCACCCCGCCAAGCAAACAGUGGAGGCCUACAGUGCUGCAGUUCAGACGCAGUGGCACUGGAUCAAGCAGCUGUGCUUGUGUGUGGAUCAGCACUUGAGGGAGAACACCGCCUACUUCCAGUUCUUUGGUGACGCCCGGGAAUCUGAGACGUUCUUGAAGAACCUCCAGGACAACAUCAAAAGGAAGUAUUCUUGUGACCGCCAUACCAGCCUGACCCGCCUGGAGGACCUGCUUCAGGAUUCCAUGGACGAGAAGGAGCAGCUCGUCCGGUCCAAGAGCUCGGUGGGCAGCUUAGUGGGAAGGUCCAAAAGCAUCGUCCAGCUGAAGCCCAGAAACCCCGAGUGUCCUCUGAAGAGCACCAUCUCCGUGAAGGCGGCCUGCGAUUACCACCAAAUCGAGAUCACAAUCUGCCGCAACGACGAGUGUGUGCUGAAAGAUAACGCUCAGCGAACCAAAUGGAAAGUGAUCAGUCCUGCUGGGAAUGAGGCCACGGUGCCCUCCGUUUGCUUCUUGGUUCCCCCUCCCAAUAGAGAGGCCAUUGAAAUGGCCAGCAGAGUGGAGCAGCUCUACCAGAAGGUGAUGUCCUUGUGGCACCAGCUGCAUGUCAACAUGAAAAGCCUGGUCUCCUGGAACUAUUUGAGGAAGGAUAUCACUUUGGUGCAGAGUUGGAACCGGGAGAAGCUGCGGGUCCUGGCCCCAGGAGAAUGCCACCAUGCCAUGAAGAACCUGCAGAUGCACUUUGCAGACUUCUUGGAGGACAGCCGAAACUCGGAGAUCUUCUCCCUGGCGGACCAGCUGCACCUCGAGGAAGAGGUCAACUCGUGCAAAGAGCAUUUUCAGCGGCUUUUCCAGUCCAUGGAAAAUGAGGAUAAAGAUGAGACUGCUUCUCAGACUUACCUCUCCGAGCUCAAGAACAUCCGGCUUCACCUGGAGGAAUGUGAGCAGCGGCUGGUGGGCACCAUCCGGACACCAAGCAGCACCAGAACCGACGGGGAUGCUCUGCAGGAAAACACUUUCCGAAUGGCCGAGCAGGAGCGCCUGAAGAGAGAUUUGCACCAGUUGAAAGUCGACAUGGAUCAACUGACUGAGAGAUGCAACAUUUUUUUGCACAAGUCUCCCACGGGAUCAAGUACCCCACAACUUCGUUCUGAGCUGAACCUGCUGGUGGAAAAGAUGGAUCAGGUCAAUGGGCUCUCUGCAGUCUACCUGGACAAGCUAAAGAUGGUUGAUGUUAUCAUUCAGAAUACGCAAGGAGCUGAAUCCUUGGUCAAAGGCUAUGAGGUGAAACUGAGUCAAGAGGAAGCUGUGCCUGCGGACCUCAUCGCCAUCCAGUCCCACCGAGCCACCUUGCAGCACUGGGUCAGUGAAGUGAACACCAAGAAUGCCGUCUUUGCAACCUUGGAGGAUGGCUUGGCAAGGGCCAAGGUGGUAGCAGAGCAGCUGUACCGCUUAAAGCAGGAGCGCAGCCUGGACCUGGAGCACUACCGGGAGAAGGGGGCUCAGCUGUGGGAUCGCUGGCAAAGAGUCAGCCUGCAGAUGGAGACUCGGAAAUCUGAGCUGGAGAACAUUGAGGAUGUACUCAGGGAUUAUCGGAGCUGUCACAGGGCCCUCGUCCGGUGGAUUGAGCAGACCACCGUCCAGCAGGAGCUGAUGAAGCCCGGGCAAGCAGAGGACAGCCGGGUGCUCUCUGAGCAGCUCAGUCAACAGAUGGCUCUGUUUGCUGAAAUAGAAGCAAAUCAAGCUAACCUGGACCAAUGUCAGAAGCUGUCUCAGCAAUAUUCAGCUGCUGUCAAGGAGUAUGAGUUGCAGCUCAUGACCUACCGUGCGUUUGUGGAAUCUCAGCAAAAAUCGCCUGUGAAGCGCCGGCGUGUUCUUUCCUCCUCCGAUGCCAUCACGCAAGAGUUCAUGGAUUUACGGACACACUAUACAGCCUUGGUCACAUUGACUACGCAACAUGUGAAGUACAUAAGUGAUGCUCUCCGGCGCCUGGAAGAGGAAGAAAAAGUUGUUGAGGAAGAGAAGCAGGAACACCUGGACAAGGUGAAAGGACUCCUGGGCUGGGUCACAAGCUUCAAGCAGAGUCCACUAUUCAGAAGCAUCUCACCCACAAAGAGGAAAAUGCUGGGAGAUAUUGAGAAGUCCAUUUUGGAGCAGCAGGUCUUGAAUGAAGAAUUGGCUGCAAAGAAGGAGGAAGUUUCAGAAGCUAUAAAAACUACUCAAAUAUUUCUUGCAAAGCAUAGCAACAAGCUUUCUGAUCAGGAGAAGGUGCAGAUUUCAGUCCAGCUGGAUGCUCUCAAAGAAACGUAUGACCAGCUCUGCUGUGAUUCCACAGAACAGCUUCAGCAGCUGCAGAAACACAUGGCUCAGGAGAUGGCACAUAAGACAUUGCAAGAACAACAAGCCAUACGAGACCACAAGCUGCAGGAGAUGUGCACCUGGAUGGAUCAGGCAGAGGCCCGUCUGCAGGGUUCCCAAGCAGCCACAGCAGGGGCAUCGGGAGAAGACCUCUCUGCCCUGGAACACAGCCAGAAAGACGUGACCGACUUGCGCUGGAGCCUGCACAGCCAGACUGCUCCCUUUACGAGUGUCUUGAAGGCGACAGAGGACUUUCUGGAGGAGAACAGAAUCAGGCUGCCCCCGGGAGAGCUGGAAUCCCUGCAAGAAAAGCUCCAUCAGGCUCAGGGGCAGUAUCUGUCUCUGCAGGAAAGGGUGGAGGCCGCCCAGAAGGAGCUUCAAAGUGCUGUGAGCUCUGUAAUGCAACAACAGACAGAAAAGGUUAAAGUGAUCAAAGACUUUGAAGAAAAUCAGAGUAAGAUUGAAUCCCUUCUACAUUGGGUCCACCACCAAGAGUUCCUUUCUCACCAGCAAGAUGUCAUUCUAGCCACGCAGUCAGCCCAGGCUUUCCUGGACAAACAAAGCCACAACCUCACACCUGAAGAGAAGCAGAAUCUGCAAAGAAGGCUAGAAGAGCUGAAGGACCAGUAUGCCGCUUCCUUGUCUCACACGGAGGGGCAGCUCAAACAAGCGCAGACACUCCGGGAUGAGCUGCAGAAGUUUUUGCGGGACCACCAAGAGUUUGCAGCCUGGCUGGAACAGGCUGAGCAAGACUUGGAGAAGAUAUAUGCAGGAGAUGGCAGCCUUGAGUCCCUUCAGCCUGUGCUCCUCCAGCAGAGCAGCUUCUCUGAAGAUGUGAUUUCCCACAAAGGAGAUUUACGUUUUGUCACGAUGUCAGGGCAGAAAGUGUUGGAUGCUGAGGAGGCUGUCAUUGCUGCAAGUGGAGGGGAGCCAUGCCCUGAGAUAUUGGCCACCAGCACAUUAGUGAAGAGCAAACUGGAAGACGCCAACAGGAGAUACGGCAGCCUCCACUCUAAGUGCUCUGCUCUCGGCCUCCACCUGAACCUCCUGCUGGAUCGCUCCCAGCAGUUCCAGGAUGUGGCGGGAUCUCUCCGGUCGUGGCUGCAAGAGAGCGAAGGGGCUGUGACCCGCCUCCUGCUGGAGCCCAUCUCCUCUGAUCCGGCCAUUUUGCAAAGGCAGCUGGUUAGCGCCAAACACCUGCAGGAGGACCUUGCAGAGCAUCAGGUGCCUGUAGAAAAGCUUGAAAAAGCCGCUCAGUCCCUCUUGGAAAUACGGGAAGCCCCAGUUCCUGACCACAGAGGCAUCCAGCAGAUCACAGAUUCCACUGUGAGCCGAUUCCAGAGCCUUUUGUGUCGGAUGGCCGAGCGCUCAGAUCUUUUGCAGAAGUCCAUUGCUCAAUCUCAGAGUGUCCAAGAGGCAUUGGAGAGCCUCCUUCAGUCCAUGGCUGAGAUUGAGGAAAGUCUCAAACAAAAGGAUGGGUCUGCAUUCUCCUCCAUUUCCAUCCAGGAGGCGCUUGCUACAAACACAAAGCUCAAACAAGACAUUGCCAGGCAAAAGAGCAGCUUGGAAGCCACCCGUGAAAUGGUGACCCAAUUUAUGGAAACAGCUGACAGCACCACUGCUGCCACCCUCCAGAGCAAGCUGGCGGAGGUGACCCAGUGCUUUAGCCAUCUGUGGCAGCAGCAGCAGGAGAAGGAGGACACCUGGAAGAAGGUCCUCCCCCAGGUGGAACAGUACGAGCAGCUCUCAGAGAAGCUGAAACAAUUCAUGGAGAGCCGAGGGCGGAUGCUGGCCUUGGGAAACCAACCUGAGCGGGACAUUACUCACUUCGCCCAGCAGAUCCAGGAACUGAAUUCAGAGAUGAAGCAGCGCCAUGAGGAUCUGGACAAGCUGGAACAUUUAACUACAGAGAUAAGCUCUUGUGGGCUGGUGUGGACUGGCUUCUCCUCGCACCAAGAGAAGGUGCGCAGUUUGCGGAAAGAGUUCACUCAGCUGCAAAAAGCCACAAAGGAAAGGGAAAAAGGAGCUUCGUCUUGCCAAGAACAGUUGGAUGUAUUCCGAAAACUGGUUCGGUCGCUCAGGCAGUGGCUGCAAGAAACAGAGAGGACUAUCCCAGCUACUGAGACUUCUUUGGGCACACAUGAAUUGGAGAAGCGGAGGCAGCAAACAGAGGUCUUUGUGGAAGAAUGGAUAGCAAAAGGGGUUCUUGUGGAGGAGAUGAACCAACGGGGGACAGCCUUAGAGAAUUUAAUCAUUGAGAUUACAGCUCCAGAUGCACAAUCCAAGACAGGUGCUGUGCUCCCUGCUGGUGGUAGUUCAACAGGCAGUGUAAAUGGAUAUCACACCUGCAAAGAUCUGACGGAGAUCCAGUGUGACAUGUCAGAUGUGAACCUACAGUACAGAGCGCUGGGUGCUGCUUUACGGGGGCGCCUGGAGCAGCUCUCGGCCGUGUUGGAGAAGAUGAGGGAGGCCCAGGAGGAGGUGAACUCUGUGCUGACAUGGUUGGAGGAGAAGGAGCAGGCUUUGAAAGUCCUGGAAGCUUCCUCUUCACCUACAAAAUCAGAAACAAUGAGAGCUCAGGCAGAGCAUAACAAGGCAUUUCUGGGUGAUUUGGAGCAGAACGCUGUGAAGGUCCAGGCAGCCAAGGAAUCGCUCUCUGGACUCCUGGAGAAAUACCCUGACUCUCCAGAAGCAAGAAACUGGAAGAGGAUGUUGGAAGACUUAAAUUCCAGGUGGACACAUGCCAAGCAGGUGACAGAGGAACGCCAGCAGAAGCUAGAAAAAUCAGCCAAUGAACUGGCAAGUUUUCAGGAAGCGGAAGGCCAGCUGAGGCCCUGGCUGAUGGAGAAGGAGCUUAUGAUGAGUGUGCUGGGACCACUGUCCAUUGAUCCAAAUAUGCUGAAUGCCCAAAAACAGCAGGUUCAGUUCAUGCUGAAGGAAUUUGAAGCGCGGAAGCACCAGUAUGACCAGCUGAAUGAGGCAGCCCGGGGAAUCCCCACCGGCCCUGGUGAAAAGUCUCCAUCCCACAGCCAUGUGCAGGAGGAGCUCCAGGCUAUCAACAGGAAGUGGACCAAGCUUAUGGAACGUCUCAACUCUCGUUCCAGUCAAAUCGACCAGGCUGUAGUCAAGGGCACCCAGUUCCAAGAGCUGCUCCAGGGAUUGUCUGAGAAGGUGAAAGCUGCUGGACAGCGCCUGAGCACCCAGCCUGCCAUCAGCACCCAGCCAGAGGCUGUGAAGCAGCAGCUGGAGGAAACCAGCGAAAUCCGGUCUGAGCUGGAGCAGCUGGAAGAGGAGAUCACAGAGGCUCAAGCCCUGUGCGAGCAGCUCUCGGUUCUCAUUGGAGAGCAGUACCUUAAAGAUGAACUCAGGAAGCGCCUGGAAACUGUCGCCUUGCCUCUCAAAGGGCUGGAGGAUUUAGCAGGUGACCGGCUGAAUCGUUUGCAGACGGCGCUCGCCAGCUCCCAGCAGUUCCAGCAGAUGUUUGAUGAGCUCCACGCUUGGCUAGAAGACAGACUGAAGCAGCAGGCGCAGAGUGGGCCAAUCUCAGCCAAGCUGGAGAGGCUGCAGUUCCAGAUUCAGGAGCAGGAAGAAUCCCAAAAGAGCCUGAACCAACACAGUGGCUCCUAUGAAAUGAUUGUGGCCGAGGAGGAGUCUUUGCUUCUCUCUGUUCGUCCUGGGAAAGAGAAGGCAACCUUGCAAAGCCAGGUGGUUAGCUUGAAAACCAACUGGGAGGAGCUGAGCAAACAAAUUGCGAGCCGGCACUCCAGACUUAAGGACUGCUUGCAGAAGGCCCAGAAACACCAGCGCCAUGUGGAAGACCUUCUCCCUUGGGUGGAGGACUGUAGGUCAAAGAUGUUAGAGUUAGAAGUCACUCUGGAUCCAGUGCAACUGGAAGCUGCUCUUCUAAGGUCAAAGGCCAUGUUGAGUGAUGUAGCAAAACGACGCCCCCUUCUGGAGAUGCUGAAUAGUGCUGCUGAUGUCCUCAUUGAUGCAUCAGAAACGGAUGAAGAUGACAUUAGAGAUGAGAAAGCAGAGAUCAACCAGAAUAUGGAUGCUAUAACAGAAGAGCUCCAAGCCAAGACUGAGUCCCUUGAAGAGAUGUCUCAAAGGCUUAAGGAGUUCCAAGAAAGUUUUAGGAACAUUGAAAAGAAACUAGAAGGGACAAAGCACCAGCUGGAGAUCUAUGAAGCUCUUGGCCCUCAGGCCUGCAGCAGUAAAAAUUUGGAGAAACUGAGAGCUCAACAGGAGGCUCUUCAGGCCUUGGAAGCCCAAGUGGAUUACCUCGGGAACUUCACUCGGGGUCUCGUGGAAGAUACUCCCCGUGGAUCAGACUCUUCCCACCUCUUACGCCAAGCUGAAAUUGUCCAGCAAGAUUUCAAGGGGGUGAAGCAAAAAGUCAAUGAAUGUUGUAAAAUCAUGGAAAGCAAGCUUGAAGGAAUAGGACUGUUUAAUAAUCAUGUUCGGGAAAUGUUUUCUCAACUGACUGACCUAGAUGAUGAGUUGGACAGCAUGGGCUCUGUUGGGAGGGACAUGGACAGCCUCCAGUCCCAAGCAGAUGAUGCCCAUGAAUUUCUGGGCAAACUUCAGCGGUUAAGAUUGGACAUCCAAGCUUCUGAAGAGAAAUGUAGACAGAUGCUGGACGAUGAAGGGAGUCCUGAUCUCAUAGGGCUGAAACGUGAACUGGAGACCUUAAAUAAGCAAUGCAUCAAAUUGACUGAAAGGGGGAAAAGCCGCCUGGAGCAGGUGGAUACCACACUGGCUCGUGUGAAAGACUUUUACAACAAACUGAAGGAGCUAAACUACAUGACCACUGCAGCAGAAGAGGGUGAAGCCCUGCAGUGGGUAGUUGGGACUGAGGUGGAGGUGAUCAACCAGCAGCUGGCAGAUUUCAAGCAAUUCCAGAAGGAGCAAGUUGACCCCCUUCAGUUAAAGCUGCAGCAAGUCAACAGGCUUGGACAAGGGCUGGUCCAGAGUGCGGGGAAGAACUGUGAUGUCCAGGGCUUGGAGAAUGACAUGGAGGAGAUCCACACCCGGUGGAACACCCUCAACAAAAAGGUGGCCCAGAGGAUUGCCCAACUGCAGGAAGCCUUGCUCCACUGUGGGAAGUUCCAGGAUGCCCUGGAGCCUUUGCUCAGCUGGCUGGCUGACACUGAGGAGCUCAUCUCCAACCAGAAGCCACCAUCGACAGAAUACAAAGUGGUGAAGGCUCAGAUCCAGGAGCAGAAGUUGCUGCAACGUCUCCUGGAUGAUCGGAAAGCUACUGUUGAGAUGAUCCAAGCAGAGGGUGGCAGAAUUGCCCGGUCAGCUGAACCAGCAGACAGGGAGAAAAUCACCGGCCAGUUGAAUAGCCUCGGAAGCCACUGGGCCAGCCUUCUCAGCAAAGCUUCAGCCAGGCAGAGUCAGCUGGAGGAGGUCCUGGUUUUGGCCAAACAGUUCCACGAGACAUCAGAGCCCAUCUCUGAGUGGUUGUCGGCGACUGACAAGAAACUGGCCAAUUCUGAGCCCCUUGGGACUCAGACUGCCAAAAUCCAGCAGCAGAUUGUGCGGCACAAGGCACUAGAGGAGGAGAUAGACAAUCAGGCCGCGGCGGUGACUCAGGUGGUCAGCAUUGGCCACUCCCUGGCCUUGCUAAGCUGCCGUGCUGAGCAGGCCUCCCUGGCCGAGAAGCUCGACCUGCUUGAGUCCCGCUACGCUGAGGUUUCUGACCGAUGCGGCCGCAAGGCUGCCCUCCUCGAUCAGGCUUUGUCCAAUGCCCGGCUCUUUGGGGAGGACGAAGUGGAGGUGCUCAACUGGUUGGCUGAGGCUGAGGACAAGCUCAGCUUGGUGUCCAUCAAGGAUUACAAACGAGAGGUCCUGCAGCAGCAACAUUCUGGGCAGCUGGCUUUGAAUGAUGAGAUUGUGAACCGCAAGAAGCACGUUGACCAGGCCAUCAAGAACGGGCAGGCCCUCCUGAAACAAACUACAGGGGAAGAAGUGCUGCUUAUCCAAGAGAAAUUGGAUGGCAUCAAGACCCGCUACUCGGAUAUCACCGCUGCCAGCUCAAAGGCUCUCCGUACACUGGAGCAGGCACGGCAGCUGGCCACCAAGUUCCAGUCAACACACGAAGAGCUGACGGGCUGGAUGGGUCAGGUGGAAGAAGAGCUGAUGUCUGGGGGAGGACAUUCCCCCACCGGCGAGCAGAUCCCUCAAUUCCAGCAAAGGCAGAAGUACGAGCAGGCAGCCGAUGCGGAGCUAGCCUGGGUUGCUGAGACCAGGCGGAAGCUGUUGGCACUUGGUCCAAUUAGACUGGAGCAGGACCAGACCACUGCCCAGCUACAGGUGCAGAAGGCCUUCUCCAUCGACAUCAUUCGUCACAAAGAUUCUGUGGAUGAACUGCUCAACCAACGAACUGAGAUUUUGGGAACUUGUGGAGAGGAGCAGAAAGUCAUGCUGCAGGAGAAGACCGAGUCUCUUCUGAAGCAGUACGAUGAGACCAGCCACCUCCAUUCGGAGCGCUAUGCUCGCCUGGAACGGGCCCAGGUCCUGGUCAACCAAUUCUGGGAGACCUACGAAGAGCUGAGUCCUUGGCUUGAGGAGACCCAAGUGCUGAUUGGGCAGCUGCCCCCUCCAGCAAUUGACCAUGAGCACCUCAAGCAGCAGCAAGAAGAUAUGAGGCAACUGAGGGAAUCGAUUGCUGAACACAAGCCCCACAUUGACAAGCUGCUGAAAAUUGGCCCUCAGCUGACGGAGCUGAACCCUGAGGAAGGGGCGAUGGUGCAGGGGAAGUACCUCGCCGCAGAGGCCGCCUACUCCCGCAUCAAGGAAGAGGUCCGCCAGCGGGCCCUGGCCCUCGAUGAGGCCAUCUCCCAGUCAACCCAGAUUGCAGAGUUCCAUGAUAAGAUAGAGCCGAUGCUGGAGACGCUAGAGAACCUCUCCUCCCGCCUGCGCAUGCCUCCCUUGAUCCCAGCCGAGGUGGAAAAAAUCCGUGAGUGCAUUGGUGACAAUAAAAAUGCCACCCUGGAGCUGGAGAAGCUGCAGCCAUCCUUCGAAGGACUGAAACGCCGGGGAGAAGAGCUGAUUGGACGAUCCCAAGGAGCAGACAGGGACUUGGCAGCCAAAAACAUCCAGGAUAAAUUAGAUCAGAUGGUGUUUUUCUGGGAAGACAUCAAAGCUCGGGCUGAGGAGCGUGAAAUCAAGUUCCUUGAUGUUCUGGAGCUGGCGGAAAAGUUCUGGUAUGACAUGGCUGCCCUCCUAACCACUAUCCGGGAUACGCAAGACAUUGUCCAUGACCUGGAAAGUCCUGGAAUUGAUCCAUCAAUCAUCAAACAGCAGAUUGAAGCAGCUGAGACCAUCAAGGAGGAGACUGACAGUUUGCAUGAAGAACUGGAAUUCAUCCGAAUCCUCGGGGCCGAUCUGAUUUUCGCCUGUGGGGAGACGGAAAAGCCAGAAGUUAAGAAAAGCAUUGAUGAGAUGAACAGUGCCUGGGAACACCUGAACAGAACCUGGAAGGAAAGGCUGGAGAAGCUGGAGGAGGCCAUGCAGAGCGCAGUGCAGUAUCAGGAUAAUCUGCAGACUAUGUUUGACUGGCUAGAUAACACAGUGAUUAAACUCUGCAACAUGUCUCCAGUGGGCACAGACCUCUGCACUGUCAAAGAGCAACUGAACGAGAUGAAGGAAUUCAAAACAGAAGUAUACCAGCAGCAAAUAGAGAUGGAGAAGCUGAAUCACCAGGGAGGACUCUUGCUCAAAAAAGCCACAGAUGAGACAGACCGAGACAUCAUCAGGGAACCACUGACAGAACUAAAGCAUCUUUGGGAGAAUCUGGGUGAAAAAAUAGCUCAUCGACAGCACAAGCUGGAAGGCUCUCUCUUGGCCCUUGGCCAGUUCCAGCAUGCCCUGGCUGAGCUCAUGGCUUGGCUGAGCCACACCGAAGAGCUGCUGGAUUCCCAGAGGCCCAUCAACGGGGACCCCAAAGUCAUUGAAGUGGAGUUGGCCAAGCACCAUGUGCUGAAAAACGACGUGUUGGCCCACCAAUCCACAGUGGAGACAGUGAACAAGGCUGGCAACGAACUCCUGGAAUCCAGUGCAGGGGACGAUGCCAGCAGUCUCCGAAACCGCCUGGAGACCAUGAACUCCUGCUGGGAGUCAGUCCUGCAGAAGACGGAAGUGCGGGAGCAGCAGCUGCAGGCAACCCUUCAGCAGGCCCAGGGCUUCCAUGGUGAAAUUGAAGACUUCCUUUUGUGGCUCACCAGGAUGGAAAGUCAGCUGUCUGCUUCCAAGCCGACGGGUGGACUGCCAGAAACUGCUCGGGAACAACUGAACAUCCACAUGGAACUCUAUGCCCAGUUCAAGGCAAAUGAGGAAAUCUACAGCCAGCUGCUGGCAAAGGGGAGGCUGAUGCUUCUGAGCCGCGAUGAUUCUGGAUCUGGAUCAAAGAUGGAGCAAAGUGUGGCUCUCUUGGAACAGAAAUGGGUCCUGGUCAGCACAAAGAUGGAAGAGCGGAAGUCCAAGCUGGAAGAGGCACUCAACUUGGCAACCGAAUUCCAGAACUCCCUGCAGGACUUCAUCAACUGGCUGACCCUUGCGGAGCAAGGUCUGAACGUUGCUUCUCCUCCAAGCCUCAUCCUUAACACUGUGCUCCCCCAAGUAGAAGAGCACAAGAGUUUUGCUAAUGAAGUAAACGCUCACCGGCAUCAGAUCAUUGCUCUGGACCAAAGCGGAAACCAGCUGAAGUUUCUGAGCCAGAAGCAGGAUGUUGUCCUGAUCAAGAACCUCCUUGUCAGCGUGCAGUCUCGCUGGGAGAAGGUUGUCCAGCGGUCAGUUGAAAGGGGACGGGCUCUGGAUGAUGCCAGGAAGCGGGCAAAACAGUUCCACGAAGCUUGGAAAAAGUUGGUGGACUGGUUGGAAGAUGCUGAAAAUCAUCUAAAUUCUGAGCUGGAAAUUUCCAAUGAUCCAGACAAAAUCAAAUUGCAGCUUUCCAAGCACAAGGAGUUCCAGAAAACCCUGGGAGGCAAACAGCCUGUUUAUGACACCACUAUCCGCACCGGAAGAGCCUUGAAAGAGAAAGCUCACUUCCCUGAUGACACCCAGAACCUGGAUCACCUCCUGGGGGAAGUCCGGGAUAAAUGGGACACCGUUUGUGGCAAAUCUGUGGAGCGGCAGCACAAACUAGAAGAGGCGCUUCUCUUCUCUGGGCAGUUCAUGGACGCCCUGCAGGCCUUGGUGGACUGGCUCUACAAAGUGGAGCCCCAGUUGGCCGAAGACCAACCUGUCCACGGGGAUCUGGACCUGGUCAUGAAUUUAAUGGACGCUCACAAGGUUUUCCAGAAAGAACUUGGCAAGCGGACGGGAACCGUCCAGGUCCUCAAGCGCUCAGGCCGGGAGCUGAUUGAGAACAGCCGGGAUGACACCACCUGGGUGAAGGUGCAGCUUCAGGAGCUGAGCAGCCGCUGGGACACGGUCUGCAAGAUGUCCGUCCUGAAGCAGACACGGCUGGAGCAGGCCUUAAAGCAGGCUGAGGAGUUCCGUACCGCCAUCCACCAGCUGCUGGAGUGGCUCUCGGAGGCCGAGCAGACCCUCCGCUUCCGGGGAGCGUUGCCCGAUGACACGGAAGCUCUGCAGUCGCUCAUUGAUGUGCAUAAGGAGUUCAUGAAGAAAGUGGAGGAGAAAAGGCUGGAUGUGAACUCGGCGGUGGGGAUGGGAGAGAUCAUCCUGUCUGUGUGCCAUCCAGACUGCGUCACCACCAUAAAACACUGGAUCACCAUCAUCCGUGCUCGAUUCGAAGAAGUUCUCACGUGGGCGAAGCAGCAUCAGCAGCGGCUUGAAGUGGCGCUCCUGGAACUCAUGGCCAAUGCGGAACUGCUGGAAGAGCUUCUGACGUGGAUCCAGUGGGCAGAGACCACGCUGAUCCAGCGGGAGCAGGAGCCCCAAAAUAUCGAGCAGGUCAAGGCCCUCAUUGCGGAGCAUCAGUCCUUCAUGGAAGAGAUGACCCGGAAGCAGCCAGAUGUGGACCGUGUCACCAAAACAUACAAGAGGAAAGCGACUGAGCCAGCUCACGGCCCUUUCCUGGAAAAAUCCCGCAGCAACAGAAAGCCCUUGAACCAGGUGGCCCCUCCUCCCCUGCCAAUCCUCUCGCAGUCUGAGGCCAAGAACCCGCGCAUCAACCAGCUCUCGGCACGCUGGCAGCAGGUGUGGCUUCUGGCCCUGGAGCGGCAGCGCAAGCUCAAUGAUGCCCUGGACAGGCUGGAAGAGUUGAAAGAGUUUGCAAACUUUGACUUUGAUGUAUGGCGGAAGAAAUAUAUGCGCUGGAUGAACCACAAGAAAUCCCGUGUGAUGGACUUCUUCCGGCGGAUUGACAAAGACCAGGAUGGGAAGAUCACCCGGCAGGAGUUCAUUGAUGGGAUCCUGGCCUCCAAAUUCCCCACAACCAAGUUAGAAAUGACGGCUGUCGCUGAUAUCUUUGACCGUGAUGGGGACGGCUAUAUUGACUAUUAUGAGUUUGUAGCUGCUCUGCACCCUAACAAAGAUGCUUACCGGCCAACAACAGAUGCGGACAAAAUCGAGGAUGAGGUGACAAGGCAGGUGGCGCAGUGCAAGUGCGCCAAGCGAUUCCAAGUGGAGCAGAUUGGAGAGAACAAGUACCGGUUCGGGGAUUCCCAGCAGCUGCGGCUGGUCCGUAUCCUGCGUAGCACAGUCAUGGUCCGUGUCGGUGGAGGAUGGAUGGCUCUGGACGAGUUUUUAGUGAAAAACGAUCCUUGUCGAGCACGAGGCAGGACUAACCUUGAACUUAGAGAAAAAUUCAUUCUACCAGAGGGCGCAUCUCAGGGAAUGGCACCAUUCCGGUCCCGUGGCCGGAGGUCCAAGCCUUCCUCUCGGGCCGCCUCCCCCACACGGUCCAGUUCAAGUGCCAGCCAGAGCAAUCACAGCUGCCCCUCGGUGCCAUCCUCUCCUGCCACACCUGCCAGCGGGACCAAGGUUGCUCUCUCCUCGGCCAGCAAGUUGAAACGGCCCACUUUCCACUCCAGCCGGACGUCUCUCGCUGGGGAUACCAGUAACAGUUCCUCGCCAGCUUCUUCCGGUGCCAAAACCAGUCGAGGUGAUCCUAAGAAAACAGCCAGUCGCCCCACCAGCCGUGCAGGCAGCCACGCAGGCAGCCGAGCCAGCAGCCGACGAGGCAGCGACGCUUCUGACUUUGAUCUCCUGGAGACGCAGUCGGCCUGUUCAGACACUUCGGAGAGCAGCGCAACGGGAGGGCCAAGCGGCUCCCGGCGGGGCCUGGCCAAGCCCUCCAAAAUCCCCACCAUGUCCAAGAAGACGAGCGCGGCCAAAUCUCCGGGCCCCAAGAGAUAAUACAGCCUUCACGCGAUGUCCAGCUUUGCACAGAGAACGGAAACCUGUGUGUCCAGUUUUUAACCCUGCUUCAUACAUUGGAUGUAUAUUUAUUCUACGUGGGAGAAAUUAUAUUGUUAAAAGUGUAAAAGAAAAUUGUGUUAUGAAGCUGCCUUAUUUGGUUCUCUCUUUUUUUUAUAGUUUACUUUUUCAUGUGAAUAUUUAUGUAGAUAAAACUUGCCUUCUUUGCAAUGGGGGCCCAGGGGAAAACUGAACAUGGGAGAGAAGCAAAAGGUCAAUAUGUGAAAAUGUAAAAAC